CUUCGGUCGUAUUUGGCGGUGGCACCACCAAAGAGCAACAGCAAUGGCUACUAGCGACGGAAGCGAUUAUUUUAAACGGACCAGUCUGUUUUGGGUCGUCACAAUUACGGUGGCAGUUGGAUACUUUUCUUUCAUUGUGUUUGCACCAGAAAAAAUCCCAUUCGAUCACCUUGGCCCAUUCGGCAGCUUCUGCAGAUACCUGGUGGAUAACCAUGCUGACCUAAUGUACAAAGGGUGGUGGGCAGCUUUUGCCAGUCAUGUUGGCGAAAGCGUCUAUUCUUUAAAGGUGUGCAGCAACAAGGGGAUCAGCAGCCCAACCACUUGCUUUCUGUGGUUCUUCCAGACCUUUCUGUUUGGCAUGGCCUCCCUUGGCCUGCUCCUUAAGUACAACCCGAAGCGUCUCAAGAAGCACUAACCCCUCAAGCGGUGCUUUCGGAGCAAUACAGCUGAAUCUUGACAUUCCUGGUGCCUUUUCUUAAGUUUAAUGACACUUUUAUGUGCUUAAAAGUGUUAAACUCAUAAUACAGACGCUAAAAAUGUAGUUGCUGACACUAUUAUACCCUUUAAUUCAGUGAUGGGUCUGUUUUAAUUACAUUCCAUUUACCUUCUAUGAUGAAAGCUGGAGAAAAAUUGUUAGAAUUAGAUUUUAAAGUUUCUUUUAAUACAUUUUAUUGCUGACAGAAGCUGUUUGAAUUAUAUCCUUGAUGUAGAUCUUAUGUGUAAGACAACAGGAGUUGUGAAUCAAUUCUUCUUUGAUCCAAUGUUUACAUUCAGCCUGCAAGGGGGAAGUAGGUGCUGUGUUUCUCAGUCAUAACAUCAGCAAAAGUCUGAGCAGGAAGAGGGAUUAUUUUCAUAUAUACCUCAGUCAUACCAAGGUGUCUUCACUCAAUGCUAAGAAUACUUUAAUAAAGAGACAUUUCAAAGCUAAUUUCUAUUCCCUUCAUGUUGUAUAUUGGGUUUUCUACUGAUGUGUUGAUGUAUUGCAAACGUAAACACACCCUCUGGGAAAUUCUGGAGUUUAUGUAUCUGGAUUUAUGAAGAAAGAACAUAAGUCGUAUGUUUAGAUCAUUUUUAUGAUCUAAAUAUCUUCAGAUUUAGCCUAGAAAGUAAAAAGAAACGAUAGCAUCCACACAGUUUGUGCACAGCUUUCUAAAAGUCGCAUCACAUCCUCAACUAUGAUAAUAACUGGACUUUCAGCUGGUUGAUAUAUAUUUUUUUGUGUGGUGAUGAAAUGACAGAAAAUCAAACAAUCCACUUGGGUUUAUUUGGAUUUUCACCAGAACUUUAUUUCCUUCUUUAUCUGCUGCAACAAUAGCAGCACAGGUUCACAGUGUUCUCUGUUUAAAGACAUUAAGAGCUUUAGCUCAUCUUAAGCAGCCAUGUCACCACUAGAGCUGUCUCAGGCCAUUAAAUCAGCGCUGGAUGAUGCUGACGCAACUAACCUCACAUUCUCUGUCAGUUUU